AUGGGUGCCUGUAAAAAGUUCCCUUGCAAGUACCUAGGAAUGCCACUUUCUGACUCCAGACUAAAGAUGGUUGAUUAUGAGAAAUAUAUAGACAAGAUACUGGCCAAAGUUCGUUGUUGGAAGCUUGGACUCAUGGGCCUGGACGGGCGGCUUAUGCUUGUCAAGCAGGUCCUGUCUGCAAUGCUGGUUUUCCAGAUUAUUGCCCUGGCACAACCGAUUUGGUUACAUAAAUUUGUUGACAAAAUCAGAAGGGGCUUUCUUUGGGAGUGCAAGGAGGUUGUUGUUGGGGCACGGGAAAGCAGCAUGAAGCUGGCCGGGCACGGUCUCCUCCUGGUCCUCCUGGUACUGCUGCAGGGUGGCGUGGCGCAGUCAAGGGAGUGGUACGUCGGCGACCAGAAGGGCUGGACCUUCGGUGUGGAGGGCUGGCCUAACUCGCCUACCUUCAAGCCCUUCAGGGAAGGCGACGUGCUGGUUUUCAAGUACGACCGUGCGGCGCAGAACGUGAUACAGGUGGACGACUUCGGGUUCGGCACCUGCACCAGGCACCCCGCCAACGCCACGGUGUACGACUCCGGCAACGACCGCAUCAGGCUCUCUCGCGGCCUGAUCAACUUUAUCAACGGCGUCUCGGAUAACUGCUACAAGGGCGGCGUCAAGAUCUCACUCACCGUCAGGCCGUGACGAACUAUAAGUCGAUCGAUUGUGUCGAUGUCGUGCAUCGAUUCAUCGUCCUG